GCGACUGGAAUGUUUCUGUUCAUGCCGAUAUGGCUGCUCGGCUCGGUUGCGGGACCCGCCUGCUGCACGGGAGCACGUCUGCGCACGCUCAAGGCGUCCUGGGGUGCCUGAGCGACAGUGGUCGGAGCCAUCUGGAUUCGCACCUGGCCACCAGGCAUCGUGCGACAUUCCGCUUCCCUCAGCAGGCGAUGGCCGCGAACCGGUGGCGAGAUUGCGACUACUUCGCCACGGGCAUGCCCUGUUCGGCCAGUCUCUGGUGCCAGCUGCGGACAAGAGCCCUGCCAUUCGGGGAUUUAUUCUUCAAGAGGGUCCGUCUCCAGCUGCCUGCGGCGCCUGGGGCCAAGGAACGCCGCCUGGCACUGUGGCACGAGGUGGGCCCCGUUCGGCGCGAGUGGAUGCAGGGCCCCUUUGCCGCAGCCACCGAAUUGAGGGAGCAGUGCUCCACGGUUGCCGACGCUGCACUCGACGCCUGGGGCGCGCCAGAGGAGGAGAUCGCCUGGGAUGACCUUGCUCCGGUGCUCAGGGCCUCCGCCGAGGUCGUCGUCGGCCGUUCCGCGGGCGUCGAGACAGAAUGCCCCUUUGUCGCCCAGCUGCGUGCCAUUG